AUGAGCAGCAGCCGCCGCCGCCACGCCCGCUCGCCGGCGGCCGGGCCGUUGGAUGACGACGAUCUCCUCUGGGAGAUCCUCCUCCGCCUCCCCCCGGAGCCUUCAUCCCUCCCGCGGGCCUCCGCCGUUUGCAAGCGCUGGCGCCGCCUCGUCUCCGACCCCGGCUUCUUCCGCCGCUUCCGCCUCCGGCACCGCCGCAAUCCGCCCCUCCUCGGCUUCUUCGAAAAGUACGGAGGUAGUCCCUUCCUUUCUACCCUGGAGGCCCCCAAUUGCAUCCCUCCCGGGCGCUUCUCCUUGCAGCGUGACGACGACUACGACCGCUCCAUACCCCUUGGAUGUCGCCAUGGUCUCUUCCUCAUCUUCCUUACCAAGCUCCGCCAGGUCCUGCUGUGGGACCCCAUCACCCGCGACGAGCAACGCAUCGCCGUUCCCGCGGCGUUCGAUUCAGAGAAAACCAUCGGCAUGGUCAGUGGGGCCGUGCUUCGCCCUGCCGGAGAGGACCCGUACUUCCAGGUCGUCUUGACAGCGGCAGACCACAAACAUCAAGCGCUCGCCUGCGUCUACUCGUCAAAGACAGGCAUAUGGGGAAAUCUCAUCUCAACGCCUCUUACAUACCAGGCUAAUGGGAGCCGUAUUCCCACCAUGGUUUAUUUUGAUGUCUCGUUGCUAGCUGGAGAUUCCCUUUACUGGAAGCUUGCUGGGAGAUUUCAGGGAAUUCUAGAAUCUGAUUUGGUGAAGCAGAGCCUCGCUGUGAUACCAGUGACACUGGAUAUGUGUGGCCAGGGCAGAUGCUUCAAGAUUAUGCGGGCCGAGGGUGGUGGGCUGGGUUGCCUCGUAGUGUCAUACACAGACUGCACUGCCCAGUUGUGGAAGAGGAAGACCGACUGUGAUGGUGCUGCUUCUUGGGGGCUUGCAAGAACUAUUGAACUGGACAAGCUACUUUCCCUGAAACCAGAUGAGAAAAGGUCCCUAGGCUUACUAGCGAUUGCUGAGGAGAAUAAUGUGGUGUUUCUGAGGACAACUACCGGCCUCUUCAUGAUCCAUCUUCCGUCAUUGAAGUUCAGGAAGCUUUUCAAGGCCAACAUCAUUCUUUCCUAUUAUCCGUUCGAAAGUGUCUACACUGCAGGAACAUGCGUUGGUGGUGGUGGACACAAUGGGGCAAAGCUUUUGCUCAAUACACAGGAUGAUUAAUUGUUGGAUAUGCUAUUUGAUCUGUUGGUUGAGCAGGUAUCUGGCCAGAGUUACGUUCUAGUGGCUGAGAUACAAAACUGGAUUCUUUCAAUAUUUUGACCCGGGGAUUGACUUUAUGUAGCAUGCAGCAGUCAGCUUUGUAGUACGCUUGUAGACCCUUAAUUCGACAACUUCUGUCUAUUAUCUAAUUUGCGCAGACAUUAGUCAACUGGCAGUAAGGUUGAAUGCAUAUUGACUUGCUUCGAUUAA